GACACAAUGACUGAUAAAUUUUUACCACAAUUAUCACAAAAUCUACUAGAUAUUUUAGAAGAUGACGAAUAUUAUGAUAUUACUAUUGAAGUUGGUAGUGACCCUUACGUUAAAAUAUUUCGAGCUCAUAUGGUUAUUUUAAAUUAUCGUUCCGCUUAUUUGAGGAGAAUGUUAUCAACAAAUAAAAAACAUCUUGAUGGAACUUUGGUACAUCUCAAAUUACCAAAUAUUUUACCUGAAGCUUUUCAUGUAAUUUUAAGGUAUAUUUAUGGUGGUAGACUUUCUUUAGAAAAAUAUGACAUAUCAGAUAUUAUUGAAAUCUUGGUCGCUGCAGAUAAACUUUGUCUUCAAGAGCUAGUUAUCCAUUUACAAUCUUCUUUGAUAGAAAACAAUACAAAUUGGAUGGAAGAAAACCUUGAUUUGGUCUAUAAAACAAGUUUUGAGAAUAUUUCUUUCUUGGAACUGCAAAAUUAUUGUACUGAUUUAAUUUCAAAAGAACCAGAUAAGAUAUUUAAGUCACCAAAUUUUCCUUCAGUACCAGAAAAACUUUUGAUUUCACUUAUUAAAAAUGAUAAUCUUCAAAUGGACGAGGUACAAAUUUGGGAACAUGUGCUUAAAUGGGGAUUUGCUCGACAUCCUGAACUUCCACCUGAUCAUACCACCCUUUCAAAGGAUGAAUUAAAUGUUUUAAAAAAUACCUUACGGCAAUGUAUUCCUUUCAUUAAAUUCUUUAAUUUAUCUUCUAGAGAAUUUUCUGAUAAAGUAUUACCUUACAAAAAAGUUUUACCAAAAGAAUUGAAAAAAGAGCUUGUAAAUUAUUUUUGGGAUCGUAAUAUUGAAUCAAAAUCUCGUGUAAAUAAGGAGGUUAAACCAGCGAAUCAGUCAGAAUCUCAAACGAAUAAAGAAUCUCAAUCAGAAUCUCAGGAGAUUCAAUCAGUAUCUCAGACAAACAAAGAAUCUCAAUUAGAAUCUCAGGCGAAUCAAUCAGAAUCUCAGACGAAUAAAGAAUCUCAAUCAGAAUCCCAGGCAAAUCAAUCAGAAUCUCAGACGAAUAAAGAAUCUCAAUCAGAAUCCCAGAUAAAUCAAUCAGAACCUCAGAAGAAUAAAGAAUCUACACCGGAAUCUCAGGCAAAUCAAUCAGAGCCUCAGAUUAACAAAGGAUCUCAAUUAGAAUAUCAGGCGAAUAAAGAACCUCAAUCGGAAUUACAAACAAAUGGAGAAACUUCAUCUCGCGAAAAUAAAGAAAUAAAGUCAAUUAUUGAUUCAAAAAUUAUUACAAAUAAACAUGCUGAAUUAAUUUCGGGAUGGAUUGACAGACCUUCAUUAUUUAGCUGGGUUUAUAAAUCAAAUUAUUAUGGAUUCAAAUUAUUAUUUCGUGGAUCUCGUGAUGGAUUUACACCUUCUAACUUCCAUCAGAUUUGUGAUAAUCAAAUAUCUACUGUAAUGAUUAUUAAAGUGAAAGGUAGUAACGAAAUUCUUGGAGGAUAUAAUCCAAUUGCAUGGAAUCAGGAUUAUAGCAAUGGUGUUACUAAGGAUAGUUUUAUAUUCUCUUUUGAGAAUAAAGAUAAUAUUGAAAAUUACAUUUUGAGUCGUGUAAAAGAUGAAACUUCCGCUAUAAAGAAUAGUAAGUAUUACGCUCCAUCAUUUGGUGAAAGUGACCUUUUAUUAUCGGGAUAUGAUUAUCGUUAUAGUUUUUGUAAAAAAGGAUCAUAUGAAAAAACGAUCAGAAAUACUGAAGAUACAUUUUCUGUGGAAGAAUUUGAAGUAUUUAAAAUUAUAAAAGAUUGAUCCUUGUGGUAAAUUGAAUUUAUGCGUUUAUUUGUAUUAUAGAAUAUUACUCAAUUUAAAUUAUGUAAUAAACUCAUGGCCCGAGGACACAUUUUAUAAUUGUAAAUAUUUCAUUAUUGUUUUGAAAAACUUAGCAAUAAUUAUUUAUUUCAAAGCAGAAAAUAUGAUGGAAAAUUAAUUUACAUUCAUAGAGAAUUUGUGUAUUUAACUUAAUUAAAAAUGCUCAAAUAAUGUCAUAAUUUUGGUGUAUAUAAUAAAAGCUAAAAAAUGGUUCAAGUUAUUUUUAUUUUUAAAUCACAAAGCG